CAACACCCACGGCACAUCCCUCCACCAGACACAGGCAACUGCACUCGGCCUCCUCUCAUUUGUCUCACAAGCCGAAACACACGAUGAGCGACAAGCGAACCACCCAGCGCUGGAGCGACGAGGUGCACACGGACAUUCUCUGCGCCAUGGCCGACAGCAUCAGCUUUAGUCCGCCGCAGUGGACUGCCAUCAUGGACACUCUGAAGGGAAAGGGCUACACCUUUACCGAGAGUGCUCUCAAACAGCACAUCCAGAAGCUCAAGCGCAAGGAAGGUGGCACCACCUCGACCUCCAACACGCCCGUUGCCACCCCUGCCAGCAAGGGCGGUCGCAAGCGCAAGACCGACACCCCCGGCCCCGACGCCGGCACCCCGACCAAGAAGCGUGGCCGUAAGCCUGCUGCCAAGAAAGAGAAGUCCGAGGACGAGGACGAGCAGUUCGAGACCAAGGUCAAGCUCGACGACAUGGACGACGAUGUCCAGGACGGCAAGGACGAGGACACCGAGGUCUGAACGCCGUCUCUGCUGCCAUCCACUGUCCCUCGCUGCGUGUCCUCGUACCCUUUACCUGGGGUUCUGUACAAGGCUAGCGAAGAGGGCAAAUGUUAUUCAGUCAUCUUGGCAUGGACAAGUAGCGUUUGGGGUGGCCAUCACGGCGAUCAGAAAGGAGGUAUGGUGCCUGAAGUCUUGAAAUACCAAGGGACGGAUCAUUUCAUCCACGGGACCAAUGAUCAUUGGAGUAUUGGCUAGCUGGUUUCCUGGGUAGACUGUCUCUUCGUCCAGGGCGAGCACAGGAUGGUUUGGACUUGGAGACCAACUCACGCCGGCAGUCACUUAGCAGCCCG